AACCUUUUCAUCAUAUAAUUUACAAAAGAUUACAUGCCUUGAGAAUCGCAUUCCAAACUUGAUGAAGAAACUUUUAAGUCUUUGAUCAUUAAGCCAAUGGACUUGACGAUUAUCUAUUAACACAUGUACGAUGCAUGCAUGCAACAAUGAUGAGUAAAUAGUUACAUUAACUAUCUUGUUAAGUGGAAACUACUGUGAAAUUAGUCGGGGUCCAUCAGCCAUCGCAUCUUCGCUACGUGCCAGUUACGUGAACUAGUAGUGGUGCUUAUACGUCAGUUACGUGACAUGUGGGUAAAUAAUGAGACUGACAGAUAAAAGACUAAAACGUCAAUCAUAUAUAUAUAUACAUACAAAGAUCUGAAUGCAGUAUAAAAAGGAUCAGAUGAAGCUGAAAGAAAAAUACUGAACAAAUCAAUGAUUGCACGCUUUAUACUUUCUCUUCUUCGUGACUUCGUCGAUGACUGGAUGUACGUUUAGAAUUUAAACCAGACGUGAUCUAGCUACGAUAAUGACCACUAAAUUGGUUUUGUAAACAAUGGAUUUUAGCGAAAAAAGGAAAAAAACAACAAUAGAUCGUGGUGAAAUCUCAAAGUGACCGACACAAGUGACAAGUGCAACUUUUUUUUAACCCGAAAAAAUGGGAAUUCAGAUCCGAAAUACAAACCCCAUUCAAACAAAAUAUUCACAGUCAAUGUAUUACAAAUUAGUUUCGUACACCCACUAGUCCGUUUUUUAAAUUCUUGACAAGUGCAACUUAUUUUUGUGCAUAUAUUUUUGUGGGUAGACAUAAACAUACGUUGUUAAUAGACUUAGAUUUAUUACAAAAUAUCAACGUUAUUAUCUUUAUUUAAUGGACGUUUACACCAUUCCUGCUGGAGAGACAAUUUAAUUCGUAUGUUUUCAUUCAAACAGAAAAUAAAUUAAUUCGUAUGUUAACAUUUACUACUGGAAUAGAAAUUCCUUUUUGUCGGCGAUAUCGACUCGAACUGAAAAAAUGCUAGGUAUGUAGUUUGUUUCAUUUAUUAGCCUGCAUGGUUGAUUGGCUGCAUAGAAAAAAUAAACCAAACCGAACCAAAUCCGACAAAAUUCGGUUGGUUUAAUUUCGAUCAAAACCGAAUCGAACCGACCUAAGAAAUCAAAAUCCUCAAAACCCCCAAAAUCGAAACUCAAAAACCCUAAUAAAUGAAACGAAUCCAGAUUCUGCUGGAAUCAUCACUCUCCGAGUAAAAAAAUGGAUCCAAUCGCUUCCGUAGUGGAGAAAGUUAAGCUCUUUGCGAAAUCGAGCCACGACUUAGUCUCCAGCCACUUCGCCUUCCACGAGCCUCCUUCACCCCAGAGCCCGGUAUCUCUAAUCCAUCCCCCUUCUUCGAAAUCCGCCAUCUUGUUUGGAAUCUCUGUAAUGGGUCGAAGAAAAUUGAUAUCUUGAAGCGUUUGCAACGAGAAGCCUUCUCUGAUAUAACGAAGCUUAGAGACAGACAAGAGAAAAUGGAGAGAGUUAUUUCAUCUAAAGGAGGUCCCUUUCAAGAGACUAGCACUAACGUGAGAGGUGAAGUUGAUGUCCUUGGAGCAAUGCUGAUGAUGGGAGACGCUGAGGAGGAGAGUUUGGAUGGAGUGAGACCUGGGUUACUUUCUAGGUUCGUGUUUGAAACCAGGCUUAGGGAGAGGGAUAAGCUUGUGGCUGAGCUCGUUGCUGGUGUUUCAGGGAACCAGCUGUCUUUGGCUAAAGUUUUCUACAAGGCAGAGAUUAGUGAUUGGUUAUCUGCUGUUGCUGUUCCUGUUGGGGCGCGUUUUAGAGAUAUUGAUGCUGCUCUUGUUUCUUCUUACCAGGGAAUGAAUCUUACAGAAGUUUCUGAACUUGGACCACCGCUUUUGAACCAACAUAACGGUAGUGCCAUAGGAUUAACAGUCAGAAAGUCAAACAUGGCAGCUUCACUAGCCCAAUCCAUAACAGGCCUUGAAGGUGAACAAGGUUUGGACACAACAAACCGUUGUUUCAGAACUUUUGGACAAGUAAACUGCCACAUUUUGAGAGGUGUAAAACUAUCUCUACUUGGCUGUCACCAGAUUUCAUCACCGUUCAACAGCCUCCGUUAUUCUGCUGGAGCCAUUACAGUCCCAGUAAGUUUCCUAAGGCGGGGUUUUGCUACGGAUCCUGAACCACCAUCAGCACCGCCUCUGGAGAUGAGCAGAGGCGUGAAUCAUGUGUCCUCCUCUAGCUCCAUUGCUUUGAGGUUCGACUCUCUAAUGGACGAGUGUACAAGAGUUGGGGGAUGGAUUGAGGUUCAAAACUCAAGAGAGAAGCAAGUGAAAUGGUCAGUUUCUAUUACAGACAAACCAGAGGAUGAAGUGGGCUGGGGCAUGAGCGUUGGGGGAAUCUUCGUCGACGGUUCAAGAAAUCAUGAUCAGUUUCAAGUGGAAUCUUAUCUCAAAUUCAAUAUAGGUCAUCGGUUUAGCUUAAGUCCAGGUCUUGUCUAUCUCACAAACAGUAAAGAAAGAACUGUAGGUCUUAUGCUUCAGUCUCAUUGGUCUCUGUAAUCUUUAAUGUUUAUCCAUACUUGUAUCUACCACUAAUUGCAAAUGUUUAGAGAAAAAAAGUCUAACCAAAUCUAGUGUAGCUGCCUUAUUGGAAUAGUUGUU